UAAAAAAGAACAAUGAAAUUCUCUGUAAGCGAAAACGGUCUGAAGACAUUCGCCAGGUUCAUCACUGCCUUGCACUUGUAGGAACGAGCUUGUCGUUCAAUCUUCUUCUUCUAUGGCUUGACUUGAUUUGAAUUUUCUGGUGGAUUUUUAGUUGAUCACACGUAGUGUUUAUUUGAUUAUUCCUUAAUCAUGCUUCGAAAUGCAACGUUUUGAUCUUUAUUAGGGUUAUUGCUUCUUGGCUGUAGAUUUUGGAGAGUAUAAACUGAUUAAUUAGAUUUAUUUAUUAAAUUUUUCGGAAAAUAAUCUGAGAUAAAGUGAAAGAAAUAAAAAGAAGAAGAAUAUGCUAAUUACUACUUACCGAGCUCUGAUUAGUUGCUGAGAAGUACAAAGAAAGAAAGAAGAAAUUGAAGUUACAAAUUCUAUGUUGUUCGUUGUUUUUCUUUCUGAAGAGUUAAAACUUAGAUGGAAUUGGUAUUGAUGUCUUUCUGUGCUUUUCUUGAUGAGGUGUUAUACACAUAGCACAUAUAGACAUGAUCUUAAAAUUUACAGCUUUGAUGAGGGCGGUGUACAGGUAAUGUUUUAGUGAUGCAGAUAAGAUUAUAGAAUUAAUCUUUGAGGCCUACAUGUUAAUGUAUGAUUUGCUGCAUAAUUAUGGCCUUUGGCGUUGUCUCUGACAUCUUUAGUAAGUUGCAUCAUAAAGAAGGUAUUUGUUGGCAGAUGUCAGCAGCUACAUUUGCCAAAGGCCUCCUUGACCUUGGAGGAUAGUUGACGCCAAUCCUGGUUCGUACUCUACUUGUCUGAUAAAUCUGUAUGGUUCUGUUUGCCAAAUACAUGCAUCAUAUUACUGAGCAGUAUAUUUUUAUGAAUGUAUGCAUAUGUUUAAACAUGAAUAAUAGACCAAUGUUUUGUGCAUUGUACACGAUUGACCGAUUUUAGAUAUGUUAACCUAUUGAUGUGAAUCUAGUACUACCCCUAAAUUUUAGAUAUGUUAACUGACUGCUAAAAGAUAAGAUUCUGGUUUGCAUGUGGUUUUAAUUGUCUUCAUUCAUUGGAUUUUUGAGUUUCCAACUUACCUAAUUUACUAGGUCUCAUCAUGUCUUGUAGAAAAUGUGGGACUAGAAAAUGUGUCAGGUAAUUCCUUUGGUUCCUUCAGGAUUUAUGCCUAGACCAUUUUUUUCCCUAUUGUUUGCUUCUGACAUGAUGAUACCUCUGGGUAUGGCUUAUAAUAGUUCUGUUUUUCUUACCUUGAAGCUUGGACUGGUUAAAUUGUGCACCGAUUGAGUCACUAAAAAGCAAAUGUUUAAUUGUAACAAUGCACUCUUUUACAAGAAGGCAAACAAAACCUAUAUUUUUAUGGUAUUAACAUACAUAGUUACUGCACUUUAUGAGAUUAUUUUGUAACUUACAACUAGCAUUACGGAGGUGAGGCUGGCAUACAGAUUUUUGAAUCACAUUUAACUUUAUGGAAGAUUGGAAUGUGCCAUUUGAGCAGGGUGUAAUUUUACCUCAGGUAAUUAUAUCAUAAAAAUCCUAAAUAAUGGCUUCUGAUUGGAUCUGGUCUGGUCUUCCUCAGGUAGACCUAGAGUACUACUUGAGGAGCGUUUCUUUAAGACCAGAUGUUUUGCUUGAAACUUCUUGACAUUUAAUGCUCGGUCUUGAACACAGCAGCAAGUUCUCUCAUCAUUGCCAGAUAGUUAUAACAAAUUCUUAGAUUUUGCUUCUCACACAGUUGAGGGGUGGCCUUUUCAAUUUGGCUCCAAUGUUGUUGCAGUGCUGCCAUCAGAGAAUUUCAAUUUUCAAACAGAACAGGAAUUAGUUAAAUUUGGGAUGCCUUCCUAUUUAUUUUUAUUGCAUUUUGAUCAAGAUGGGAGUAGUGGAUUGAGCCUUGCACUGCAGGAGGACAACACAAAAACUGAGAAGGUGACAGCUGCUGGCAUGUAUUUUCUUGGUUUCCUGGUUCACCAGUUAGAUCAAACAGCCAACUUGCCAGCUGCUGCAAAGGAUCCGGAUGCUGCCAGCUUUAAAAAACUGGAUAUCCUUCAGCCAUGUGAAAUAACUGAACUGAAGGCAGGCACACAUACAUUUGCUGUUUAUGGUGAUAAUUUUUUUUUUUUAAAAAGUGCUAGCUGCACUAUAGAAUUUCUUUGUGCUGCACCUUUUAAAGAAGAGAAGGAGAAUCUUAGAGCUGUGGAGGCUCAUUCUGACGGAAAGAUAUUUGAGUUGUGCUUAAUUGCUAGACUGUUGGAAAUCAUUCACAUGCUCCUUCAAGAUAAAAAUCAUGAGUAAUCUGUGUCUCUUUAAUGUUCUAUUUUAGUUUUAUUAUUUUACAAACUAUAGACAAAUAUAUAGCUAAGUAAUUGUUGAUAAUGAAUUUUAAUAUUAAUUGUUGCA